AGAGAGAGAGAGAGAGGGUUUUACGGUCAUCCCAAUUCUCUGCAAAAUUCAUCUUCCUCUUCCUGUCUUCUGUGUGAACCCACUUUCGAGUUUGGAAAGAGAGAAAACAAUGGUGGUUUCAAAGAAGGUUGCAUAUGAAGAAUGUCGGAAAAAGAGAUUGGAAGAGAACAAGAAGAGAAUGGAAGAGCUUAAUCUCAACAAACUCGCUCAAGAUCUUCGAAGCAGCGCUGGGCCUAAACCCUCUCCAAUGAAGAAGGUCAAGCCUCGGACACCUCGUGAGCCAAUGCACCUCUCUUCUGUCCGAAGGUCUAAUCGUGUUGCAGAUAAGCCACCCCCUAAUUACAGGGAAGUUCCGAUCGAACCUUUGGGGAGGCCAAGGAGCUAUAAACGGAGGGAUUUGUUGAAUCGAAUAUACGCUUCAGAUGAAGAUAGGACAUACGCUAUUGAGAGAGCAGAGGAAGUUGAAUCAGGUUUAGGUCCUAAUUUCCCAAGCUUUGUGAAGCCGAUGCUUCAAUCACAUGUUACUGGUGGAUUUUGGCUGGGUCUUCCUCACCAUUUUUGCAAGAAACACCUUCCAAAACGCGAUGAAACGCUGACUUUGGUUGAUGAAGAUGGGAAUGAAAGCUUCACAAAGUACCUUGCUAUGAAAUCAGGGCUGAGUGGUGGAUGGAGAGGAUUUGCUAUUGAUCAUGAAUUAGUAGAUGGGGAUGCACUGGUUUUCCAAUUAAUUAAGCCUACAACAUUUAAGGUCUACGUUACAAGGGUGAAUCAGACUGAAGAUUACUAUGAGGCUGCCAAUGUUACACCCCUUGACAUCAAUAAAAAACGAAUCAAAACAAGUAAAAAGUAACACUACAUGGCUGGUCACUGCUAGGUAGUUAGAUCUUUUGGCAUAAAAAGCUGUGGUAUAAAUUUUGUAAAACCAUGACUCAUUAUGCUUUUAUCACCACAUCCAUUAUCCAAGCUUCCCAUCCUCAUGUAAUUGCUAUUUGGGUACUCUAGCUUUGCAGUAUGUGCAAGAUAUCCCAUUGAUGUUAAGUUAAUCAUCUUUGUCCUGCUUUUGUUCAAGUGUUUGCCAUACCUAAUGAUACAAAGCACACAAAAGAGUACUGAAAAAUGGCAG